CACACCCAUUAUUUUUCAUCCUCCUUUUCUGGUUCCUCUCUGAAAAUUUUCAGAAAUCUUGAAUCAAGAUCAGUAGGUCUAACAUGGAGAGUACGGACUCAUCGUCGGGUUCUCAGCAUCCACAGUUGCCACCCGGAUUUCGAUUUCAUCCCACAGAUGAAGAACUGGUUGUUCAUUAUCUUAAGAAGAAAGCUGCUUCGGCUCCUCUCCCGGUGACAAUCAUUGCAGAGGUUGAUCUUUACAAGUUUGACCCGUGGGAGCUUCCAAGUAAGGCGACGUUUGGGGAGCAAGAAUGGUAUUUUUUCAGUCCAAGAGAUAGGAAGUAUCCUAAUGGAGCAAGGCCAAACAGGGCAGCAACUUCAGGGUAUUGGAAAGCAACUGGGACUGAUAAACCUAUUUUGACAUGUAAAGGAAACCAGAAGGUUGGUGUUAAAAAAGCUCUUGUCUUCUAUGGAGGUAAGCCUCCAAAAGGUAUCAAAACUAAUUGGAUUAUGCAUGAGUAUCGUCUGGUCGAUGGCAAUCCCGUUGGUUCUAAGUCUCAUCCUUCUGAUUCACCCAACAAGAAAUCAUCUUUAAGGCUCGACGAUUGGGUGUUAUGCCGGAUUUACAAGAAGAACAACUCAUCACAAGGGACAUUAAUGGAGAGAGAGAUGAAGGAGGAAUCAAUGGAGGGUAUGGUUGAAACGGUGCCAAUUAUUACUACUUAUAGUCAUCAAAACCUAAAGACUAAAAACACAUCAUGUUAUGGUUCAUUAAUGGUUGAGAAUGAUGAGAAUUUCUUUCAUGGCAUAUUAUCAUCAUCAUCAUCCGGAGAUCAUCAUUAUCAUCAUCAUCAUCAUCAUCAUCAACAAUUGGCUUCUUCAACCUCAAAGCCGGCUGAUAAUUCUAUCUCCAUCCCUUCUGUCUCCAACACCAACACUACCACCAUAAAACGCCCACUUCAACCUCCUCCUCAUCAGAAUUACUGGAAUCAUCAUCAAUAUCAAGCAGGAUCAAUCGGGUCUUCAUCGUCCAGCAAGCGAUUUCAUGGUGACCUGAACAUCAAUGGAGGUGGCAGCACUGGAAAUGAUCAUGAUCAUGAUCACGACCAUGAUCAUGAUGAUAAUAACAGCUCUUUCAUUUCUCUUCUUAAUCAGCUUCCACAGUCUUCAAUGGUGCAUCCCAACUCCAUCAUUGGGUCACUGGGAGAUGGUGUCUUGAGGCAACAAUUUCAACUUCCAAGCAUGAAUUGGAAUUCAUGAAUUUGGUAUUCUGAUACAGUGCUGUUAUUAUACCAUCAUUAUUACACACAUGAAUCUGCAAUUAAUCAAAGAUUAUAUACUUCACGAAGCUCCACGACGCCUUUUCAUGCCUUCCAUCAACUUCAACUAUCUUUCUUCCUUCUGUUUUUGGAUCGAUUACAGGUGAGUUACUUAUUAUAUAGUAUAUAUAAUUGAAUUUGUAAUAUUAAAAUUUUUAAAAACAUUUCAUAUACGUGCUUUCUGUUUAAUUUGGUAUAUAUACAUAUAUAUAUAUAGAUUUAAUGUAUACUUAUACAUAUUAUUAAUUAAAUACCAAUAUGGAUAAGCGUUGAUGAUGAUGUUCAGCA